CGUCAAUUUCAUAGAAAACUGAAUUGUCAAAUAACCACUAUGAAAAAAUUACAAAAAUAAUAUAUUUUCCUGUAGCCAAUUCCUUUGCAUUAACAUAUUUUCCCGUGUAAGCCAUAAUCAGAAGAUGUGAUUACUGUAAUAUUUAAAUGAUUAAAAAUUCUAGAAUAAUUAAAUUAAUUUAUAUGCAAUAUACAAAUUCAAAAAUAUUUAAAAUGCAUGUGAAAUAUUGUGGUAAAUAAAAUAGUUGCAAUCUAAGCUAAAUUUGAAUUUGCCUAUAAAAAAAAUCGUUGUAUAUUUGAUUCAAAAAAAGUUACCAUAAAAGUAAAUUUUUCAAGUUUAAUUUUAGUUGAAUAAUGACUACAGUAAUCCGUUUCAGCAGGAGUUCCUUUUUCUUCAAUAUUACUAGGAAUAAUACUAUUUUUUUUUCCUUUUUUCACAUGGAUUUCAAGUCCUAUACAAAUAAGGGAAUAUGGUUAUUGACAUCUCUAUAUAAUGUAGGGAGGGGGUAAGGUACUCAGUAAUAUUACAUUGAAAAUAAGUUUUGUUGUCUAUAUUAUUUGUUCAGACAUGGCGAGGGAUAACGAACUCCGUCCACUAUGGUUGGAACCUCUACUAGAUAAUGAUUUUUAUGAACAUGAUUGUAUAUGUGAGGUACAUAAUCAAUAUUGUACAUUUUUUUGUAAAAUGUGCAAAAACAAACCUCUUUGUGAAUCAUGUUGGAGGGUUGAUGCAGAAGCUGAACAUGAACUUCACCAAUUUUUACAGAUAUUUAAAGUAUCGGAAAAAGCAUCGGUUCGAAAAGCUGAUAUAGAAAGUGAGAUAGAUGUUAGGAAAAUUCAGCCGUAUGUAAUAAACAAUCACAAAGUUAUAUUGCUGAAACCAAAAGGAGGAAACGGGGGAAACCCUAAGUGCGUCAUAUGCGAAGGAAAAAUAAAGGAAGAAUUCUAUGAUUAUUGCUCAAUUUCUUGCAAAAUAAUUGGAGAUACAAGGCAACUCGACAAGGUUGAACUUGCUGGAAAAAUUAACAGAAGAAAGAGAACGCCCUGUAGAUCACCUUUGCUGUAGAAUGAUACUUGCAAUUUUAAAUCAGUUUACGUUUUAAUUUUCUAGGCUAAGAUUUGUUUAUAUGUUUCUCAACACGACCACAUAUCUAUAACUCAAUGUCAUAUAUUGCCGCUUUUUGAAUUCCAACCAGUUAUCAACUUAGUUUUCAUAUAUAAUAUUAUUAAGAUCAAGUUUCUAACAAACCUGCAGUGAAUUUCGAUAUAUCCUCAGUUAAUUCAUGAUUUAUUCGAUGAAAAAAAUAUUCAAAAAUCAGAUAAAGUUUUCUGUUGAAAUUGUCAUAUUAUAAAACUAGUAUCAAACAACAAAGGCUGCUGAGAAAACCAAGCUUGCCUUUAAGCUUAGAGGAAGGCAUCAUUAUAUGGAAUAAUGCAAGCAAUUGCUAGUUUACCAACCAAUCGAACAACAAAAAUAAGUAUGAUGUUCUCUCUACAGAACAAAAGCUUCUAAUACAUAUUAACAAAAAUGCAAUAACGUAAAUUAAUAUGGACAA